UCUGGGGGCUGCUGAAGUCCAGAAUGAAGCAAAGAGCAGCAGAAGCGAGUGCUGCAGUGGGAGCGGAGGAGACCAAGCAUCACCGAGAGCUGGAGCUGGCUGUUAUCCCUGCUGGGAGCAACUGGGAGCACCCAGGGGAUCCUGCAGCUUUGUCUCCCACAGGAGACAGCCUCUGGCACUGCCACCGAGACCACUGCCAGCCCCUGGGGAGCCGAGGGAAAGGGGCUGGUGGCUGCAGGAGGCAGGGCUGGGCUGGAGGGCAGCGAGGUCAGCCCUGCUAUGGUUGCGGGGGGCUAGGAGCCUGUGUGGAUCCGCCGGGAGGAGGUGAACGAUGACUGCCAAAGAAGGGAGAGCCAAGCCCGUUGCCCAGUCCAGGAUGGAGAACUUCCGAAAGGUGAGGACCUCGGAGGAGGAGAUGCCAUUGCCCUUCCCAGACCUGCCCCCAGACGUGGUGGAGAUGAAAGUGAAGGAGGGCAGCAAGAUCAGGAACCUGAUGAACUUUGCCAUGGCCCAGAUGGAGCUGAAGGGCAGGCGACAGAUCGUGUUCAGCGGCUGCGGCAGGGCGGUCACCAAGACCAUCACCUGCGUGGAGAUCAUGAAGCGCAAGCUGGGAGGGCUCCACCAGGUCACCAAGGUACGCUACAAAACCGUGCUGGAGGUCUGGGAGAACCAGGACCCACUGCCCGACGGCCCCGCACAGAACCUGACCGUCCACAAGAACGUCCCCUCCAUCUGCAUCCUGCUCUCCCGGGACCCCCUGGACCCCAACCAGACGGGAUACCAGCCCCCGGAGCCCCAGCAUGAGGCAGGAGAAGACACAUCGGGAUCCUCCACCAAGGGGCUGAAGCGGCCGCUGCCGCCUCCCUGCGAGGAGCUGCUGCCCAAGAAGCUGCAGGUACAGGUGUCUGACAGCCCCAGGGGCUCGGGGACCACCGCUGGCCAGCUGGACCACUGACCCCAAUGCCUCCCACCCCACCGGCCAGGUACCGAGGCAGGAAUAUCCACUCAUUCCAGGGUCACUGGUGGGCUGCAGGCUCCCCCUGACCUCUCCCCACUUGCUGCUCCUUGACCCCUGUGGAUGGCCGUCCCCAGAUUUGGCGUGAAGGUUAAACAGUUAAACCCACCGUCUCUUGGUUAUGGAUUGAAGCAGGUGAGGGUGUGGGGGGGAAGCUGGUAACCUCUAAUUCAGCCACCCAGGGACACUGUGACCACCAGCCACAUCCUGCAGCGACUCCCACGGAGCCAGAGCAGCUGAGGGGUGCCCGGACCACCACAACCACUCCCCACUGCAAUGCCUCAUAUCCAUCUGGAGAGAUGGGUUUGCCCCAAGCUUGUUGGAAUAAAACAUUCAUUAUCAAACCCAAA